UGAGAGGUGUGUCACUGAUGAUGCUGCUUCUAUAAACACAAAGACACAGCAGAGAAAAGUUCAGACACAACGGGAAAAGAGGAAUUAGAGACGACUGCUUCAUACAGUAUUCAGUGGCCAUGGAGAGAUUGUCCACAGUCAGCCAACAUGUCCAACAGAAGCAUCAUGGAAAGAAAAAGGAGGUGGAUGACAAACAGGAUAAGAAACUACCAGUGGAGCAGGGGACCACAGAUGAGGCAUUAAGAGAUCAGAAAGUGAUGGCAGGAGAGGCUUUGGAGAGGAGGAACAUCUGGGAACCGAGUGUUUACUACGCGCUGGGAAAGGAGUGUUUUUACAUCGCUGGUCAUGACAUCAGCAUCCGCGAGUCUAUGGAUACUUAUGGUGCUCUGAUCUGGCCCGGGGCGAUAGCUUUGAGCCAGUUUUUGGAGAAUAACCAACAACAAGUUAACCUGAUGGACAAAUCAGUUCUGGAGAUUGGAGCUGGGACUGGCUUACUCUCAAUAGUGGCCAGUCUGCUCGGUGCUUGGGUGACAGCUACUGACCUGCCAGACAUCAUGUCUAAUCUGACCUUUAACCUCCUGCGGAACACCAGGGGCCGGUCCCGCUACACCCCUCAGGUGGCUGCCCUUACCUGGGCUCAGAACCUGAAGCGAGACUUUCCCUACCCGUCCUACGACUAUGUUCUUGCAGCUGAUGUGGUCUAUCCCCACGGCUGUCUCGAAGAACUGCUGGAAACCAUGCGUCACUUUUGCCAACCAGGAAGUCGAACAACGGUUCUGUGGGCCAACAAGAUCCGGUUCCAGUCAGACUUGAGGUUCACAGAGUGUUUCAAGAGCAGUUUCAACACCACGCUGCUCAUUGAGCUCCCACAGCAGGAGGUGAGGAUAUACAAGGCCACAGCGAAGGAGUGACAGAGGAAUCUGGAGGGUUGGUGUUUAAAUUGUGAGAAAAAAAAAAAAAGGAAAAUUCCAUUUUACUCUCACUGAUUUAAAUCAAUGUCGAGAAAAGUCUGGUUUUGAUCUGUUCACACGACAUUCCUGGACAGUGCUCUAACUGUUACAGGGACUGUAAUGAAGCUCACAUUUCCAUUUCAAUAAGCAAUACUUUUAUUUACCAGCACUUUUUCAUACAGUUGCUAUUCCUGAGUUUAUUAACUUUUGCUCAACAAUUUGCUUUUACAACUAAAUUGAUUUGUUGUAGAAAAAAAUAAUAAAGAAUUAUGUAUAUUUUGAUUUGUCUCAUAACAACAAGACUACAUGAACUUUGAGUCAAUUAUAAACCAUGAAAUAAACACGAGAAAAUGUUUAUCAAAAGCAUGACACUUUGGUGUCUUAUCUUUUGGUAUUGCAACAGCAGCAGUUAAUUUAGCCGUUUAUAGUAAAGACUAAGUCAUACAUGUCCCUCAUAAAGAACUUUUUUUUUCCAUUAAAUGCAAAUAUGCAAGAGAGGGAAAUCAACAUGUUUACAUGUUCAACAUGCGACUUUCAGUCAGCACCAAAUAUAUCACAUAAGCCCCUCCUAAACAUUUUAAUUUUUAAAAUCCACUUUAAAUCUCAAAGCAUUACAAUAACUUAACAAAUGCACACACAAAGAGAAGAGAGUGAACAGAGAGAGAGGGACAAAGAAAGAAGAUGAAGAAAGAAUUGGAGAGGGGGGAGAAAGGAUAUAAUGUCAAUAUAUUUCUUUUCUUUUUUAACUCCUAAAUCUACAAUAUGUCCAUUUCAGGUUAGAAAUCCACCUUAAUUCUGUUCUUGUUGUUUUCUGCACUCACCAAUAAAACUUUAGAGUCUCAAGCGGUUUUAAAACUGUGA